GGAGGAGAUUUUGAAUAUUUUCUCUCAGUAAACAAACAGGCACCCUGUUGCUUUUGAGUUUGAAAUAAUGGAGAGUCAUUAUGGUGAUCAGCCAAUGGGUCCUCACCAGCUCCUGGAACUUAGAACUUAGUUCCCUGUAAAUGCCAGUAGAGUCUGCCACUUUCCUCUGGGAUCUGAAACAGUUCCCAGAGAGGCUACCUCUUUUUUUUGUGUGUGUGGGAGCAGAUAGGUGCCUGUGUGGUAGACUUGUUCUAACUCAAUAUGAUUCCUAAGGUGUGCUUUUCAGAGGAAGAAGUGAUUUAAAGUUCUGUACGGGCAACAAAGCUUUCUAAGAAUAUUUUUGGCAGUCUGAUAAAGAAGAUACUGGCCCUGGAAGAGUGUUAGCCCUUGGGACACAGCCAGAUGUUGGUAUACAUAAAUUUGAGGAGACAGUGGCCUUCACUGUUACUAUUCAAAGUGCUACUCACAUUCUUUAAUCUUCAACAAAAAUUAUUUCACUUUCAAGGUCUAGGCUGGUCGGAGGUGGAGUUGGGGGAGGGCUGUGACAGAAGGGUCUGGCUUGUAAGGUGGAGGCAGGAAAUUGUCCUAGUGUCCCAUUAGGCGGGUUCCCUGCUUUCUUCAGGACAAACGGCAGCGAGUGGCAGUGGGAGGCUGGAGGCAAAGCUAGGUAGUGCGUCACCUAUGUUUUCUGGGCUGUCAGUCUCCCAGUGUACCCAGCUUUUCAGGUAGGGACGACCCCUCCCACGCAGAGCGGUUCGGGCGGGUGAGAAGGAGGGGCUGGGCUCCGAGCGCCCGCCCCUCCAUCUAUCACAUGGCCGGAGAGUCACAAAAACAACAGCUUUGGCCAAGACCGUGACUUCAGGAAAGGGAACCCAGGGCCCUCACAGACAGCCCCCUCCCCAUGGAGGACAGUUUUCUUGAAUCCUUUGGGAGGCUGAGCCUCCAGCAGCAGCAGCAGCAGCCGCCUCGGCCGCCGCCUCCGCGGGGGACACCUCCGCGCCGCCACAGCUUUAGGAAACACCUCUACCUCCUGCGAGGCCUCCCGGGCUCGGGGAAAACCACACUGGCCAGACAAUUGCAACAUGACUUUCCCAGGGCCCUGAUUUUCAGCACGGAUGAUUUUUUCUUCAGGGAAGAUGGUGCCUAUGAGUUCAAUCCUGACUUCCUGGAGGAAGCUCAUGAAUGGAACCAGAAAAGAGCAAGAAAAGCAAUGAGGAGAGGCAUAUCCCCCAUUAUUAUUGAUAAUACCAACCUCCACGCCUGGGAAAUGAAGCCCUAUGCAGUCAUGGCACUUGAAAAUAACUAUGAAGUUAUAUUCCGAGAACCUGACACUCGCUGGAAAUUCAACGUUCAAGAGUUAGCAAGAAGAAACAUUCAUGGAGUCCCAAGAGAAAAAAUACACCGAAUGAAAGAACGGUAUGAACAUGAUGUUACCUUUUAUAGUGUACUUCAUGCAGAAAAACCAAGCAGAAUGAACAGAAACCAGGACAGGAAUAAUGCAUCGCCUUCCAAUGGUUCAAGAUACUGGCAUUCCUACGCAGAGUUCCCAAACCGGAGGGCUCAUGGCAGCUUCACAAAUGAGAGCUCCUUUAGCAGAAGGGGUGGUUGUCACCAUGGAUAUUAGAGGCCUAUCUUACAGCCAUUCCAAAUUUUCCUAAAUAAGUUUUUACUUCAAUUUUUUGGUAUUUAUUCUUUGUUUAGUUUUAGCCAAAACUCCAAUUCCAGUGUAAAUAGUUGAACCCAAAAAUUCCUGAGCAGAGGUCAUUAUAUUCAUUAUCUUCAACAAGCAUUUGUUAAGUGCACCUGUAUACAUGGUCUGAUGCUGGGAAUUUUUCAGAUUUGAUUACAAUCUUGCUCUAAGGGAAAGAAGUAAUUUGAACCUGAAGUCUAAGAACAUACCCAAGAACGUGAUCAAUUAGUUGCAUAGGUUCAUAAAUAAAACAAAGUGUUUGUUUAUAUUAUAUAUAAGCUUCAGUACCACUUUGUCUGAAGUAAUCCAUUUAUUUUUUCAGAAAAUUCAUCUCCACCGGGAAAGUUGGAAGGGUUAGGGAGAAGGGAGAGGCAGAAAAGGUUUUAGUGCUAUUCCUACUUUGAUAAACUAUGUAUUUUAAAAAGUGAGAUGUGUGACUCAUCAAUGAUACUGAUUUUCCCUUGAAACAAAAAGAAAGCAUACAUAUAUGUAAGGAAAUAUUGUCUUUCAAAGUGAUCACUUUGGGAAAUAUUCCUUUAUUCUAAAGAUGAAUCACUGUUAAAAAUGUCAAAUCUUUAAUAGCUAUACAAGUUGAGGAAAAUCAGUGUUAUUUAAAAUCACACCUUGUGUUUAACUACUUUUUUCAACAGGAUUAAACAACUUUUGGCUGUUGUCUAUUAGUGUAAAUAAAAUCUGACUUCAUAAAACAGCAAUUUUUAAGAGAUCUAAUUUCUAAAAUUAUGCUUAUAGAUGUGUGUAAUUAGUUGGCAGCCCAAAUGUUUAGCCGUGCAAAGAAAUAAAGCAGCCCAGGAUAUAGACCAUGCAAGGAUAUGUAAAAGCCAUGCUCACUGGAGGAUGAGCAGUCUUCAUGUUUUCCGUGGUGUUAUUUAUCUGUGAAUCCAAAUUAAAUUCCAACAGAUUGGAAUCAGAUUAAUUUGGUGUGAGACCAUGACAGACAAGAUCGUGUAGAAUGUAUGCUGUUUAUUGUUGGCCAACAGCUUUUUUUUUUUUCCUGGUGUUCUGUGAAGUAUAAUUUUAAGUGUCUUAUAUAAUGGUGCUUUUAUGGUUAUUAAAAUGGCAUAUUGUAUUGCGUUUAUAUGGAUUUGUCAUUGAGUUUUUUUGGCUCAACAAUAAAAAAUUUUACCUAAA